CACCUGGCUGUCAGGCUGUCAAAGCUGUUCCCCUCACUGAUUUCAGAGGAGAAGCUUCGAGGUGGAUUCAUCAAAUUCAUAACCAGCUCAAAGCACAGGUGUGUCAACAGCACACUGUCCUUCAAGGCAGGACUAACAGAGCUGUGGCAUAUUAAAGAUAUGGAGUUUGAUCACGCGGUGAAUGACGCUCUCAUGAGGUUUUUUGAUAAAUGCACCAGGUUUUUGGAGGAAGUUGAUAACAACCCAUCAGCUGUGACAGAGGUGGAGAAGUUCAAGCAAGGGCCAGAGAUGAGGAGGGUCCAGCAGAAGAUCGCAGACAUCCUCAACGUCCCAUACAGUACAAUCACAUACGAUGUGGCUGAGGCUGCAUUUUACUUGUGUGCUUACGAAUUUGCAAUUAGGUCAGUGAAGUCCCCCUGGUGUGAGCUCUUUGACGAGGACGAUGCAAAGGUUAUUGAGUAUGCAAGUGACCUAAGGGAAUUCUGGAAAAGAGGCUAUGGUCAUGAUAUUAACAGCAAGGCAAGCUGUAUCCUAUUUCAUGACGUGUUUAGCCGAAUGGACAAGACAGCCACUCAGAAUAAGUUGGGACAGCAGGUGACUGAAGCUGUGACAGUCCAGGUGGGCCAUGCAGACACCCUUCUUCCUCUGCUUACCCUUCUGGGCUUCUUCAAGGACAGCGAACCGCUGACAUCAACCAACUAUGCUGCACAGGCCCAUCGCUCAUUCCGCACCACUCACAUGUUGCCCUAUGCAGCUAACUUGGUCCUGGUGCUCUCUGACUGCGGGGGAGGUGACCUCAGACUACAGCCGCUGCUCAAUGAGAAGCCUGUAACUUUCCCCGGUUUGACUAAUCGGUCUUCCAUGCCGCUCUAUCGAGAUGUCUUAGAGCACUACAGGGAUCUGCUCCAAGGCUGCGACUUUGAAACCGAGUGUCAGCUGUUCAAGCAGCCUGCUGAAGUUUAGGCAGAUAUUAACAGCGGUCUUGUUAUUUCAUUUUUCCACAGUGGAACAAAUGAUAGGCUCCUACAGUAAAAACGCAACUGGCUGAAAAAGCUUUCAUUUCUAAGUGUUCCAUCUUGAAGCGAUGACCAUCUUUUCUUAAGCUCUGACAUUAAAGAAAUAAAUGGA